UGCGGAACUGCAUUACUCAGUAAAGUGUUUCUUGAAGGAACCUUUUAGUAAACGGACGCUUGUUUUGUUCGUUAAAGAGGUUACAUGUGUGUUAGGAUCUAAUGAGAACAUAAAACAAAGUCUUAUGCGUUUCCUUAACCACUGUAUUACAUAUGAAAUACAGCGACAGAACAUAUUUAAGAAAAAAAUCGAGAGAGACACAAAAGUAUCUGCAAGCUGUCAUGUUUUGUUAGCUAUUGUUUUGUUUUGCGGCAUAGAUCUAAAUAGAAAUAAUUUCACCUAACUAACAGCUAGCUAGAAGAUCUUCGGCAUUGCUUCUUCCCAUUGUGUCUCUUUCAGAUCUGGGAACGGACUACAAUGGGAGUUCAUGGGCUAUGGAGACUGUUGGAGAGCACAGGAAAACCCAUAAACCCGGAGACACUUGAAGGGAAGAUCCUAGCUGUCGACAUCAGUAUCUGGCUCAAUCAAGCAGUUAAGGGGGUGCGGGACCGUGAUGGCAACAACGUCCAGAAUGCCCACCUCCUUACACUGUUUCACAGACUGUGCAAGCUGCUGUUCUUUCGCAUCAGGCCUGUCUUUGUGUAUGACGGAGACGCACCACUGCUUAAGAAACAGACCCUGGCCAUCAGAAGACAGAGGAAGGAGGAGAUGGCUCGCGAGUCCAAGCAGACCAAUGAGAAGCUCCUGAGGACCUUCCUGAAGAGGCAGGCCAUCAAAGCUGCUCUGGGGGACCGAAGUCAAGAGACGAUCCCCAGUAUCUCUUCCGUGCGAAGGGAUGAGGAGGACGAUUUAUAUGUUUUACCAGCUCUGCCUCUUGUAGAGGAGAAGGAGAGUAGCAGUUCGGAUGAAGAGGUGCAAGAUGGUGGGGAAGAGACACCAGAGGCUUACAUCGGAUUUCAGGAGGAAGUCUAUGAUGAUCCCAAUUCCGUAGACAUAAACUCUGAGGAGUUUUCUCUCUUAUCCCCGGAGAUAAAACAUGAGAUCCUGAAGGAGAUGAAGGAGUUUAGCAAGAGAAGGCGCACGCUCUACCACAAACCUCCUGAGAGGUCAGGUGACUUCUCUCAGUAUCAGUUGGCGGGGCUCCUGCAGAGGAACAAGCUGAACCAGCGUCUGGAGGGGGUGGAGAAGGAGAUGAGCCAGCGCAGCUGCGGAGACGUGGAGCAGCAGUAUGGCCCAGGCGAUGGCCACACCGUGGAGACCCAACGCCUCAUCUCGGAGGACUCCUCACAUUACAUACUUAUCAAAGGACUUCAAAAGACUGUAAAGGCUCCUGAGAGCCAGCCAGCAGCAAGUCCUUGGUCCAGUGGCCCCUGGUCCAGGAGAGGAAGGCCCAAAACCAGACCCGAGCCUCUCUGGCGCCCCGUUUCAGAGGACAUCCAGGAGAAAGAUGAGCCUUCUUAUUCUUCCUUAUCUUCAACCCCAAAACCAACCCUUUGCACAGAGGAACAGCUCUCAGAUGGUGCACCCCCUUCUCCACGAACACUUCAGGCCAUCCAGGCAGCCAUGAUGGACACUAGUUCAGAUGACGACGAACUGGUGCCUAAAAAAUCUGUCCAAAAUGCAAGCAAACGAUUAAGUUCUCAGGACGACAACGGGGGUGUCUCACCUCGCACUCUGCAGGCCAUGCAGAGUGCCAUGAUGGAUGACAAUCCAGUUACUGAAGACCUCUGCAAAGAUGAUCCAGUUCACCAGCGGAAGUAUGUCAUCAUCAGUAGCUCCGAUGGAGACGAUGAUCAAGAAGAUCGCGCAGUGAUGGAUAGGAGCAAAUCAGCUGAAGCUCAGGAAGGGGGAGGUGAGGUUUCUCCUCGGACCUUGCUGGCCAUUCAGAGAGCUAUGGGGGAAAGUGAGCCUCCUCUUGCAUCCUCUAACCAUGGGGACCAGAUGGAUCUCUUGAGCAGCUCUGAGGGGGAGGAAAUGGAAGAGGUGGUUGGAACGAGGAGCAAGGUUUUCAGAUCUGCUGUGUCCUCCGAAAGAAGCGAGCAUGGAGAAGAUGAGAGGAGUAGCCGUCUAGAAAGUAAAGAACCAGCUGCUCUCUUUCCCUCCCUACACCUAGAGUCCCAAGUUAAAGCCGUUUGCGAGCUGGGUACAUCUGGCAUCCACACUUUGCUCCAAGAUCAGAAAGCGACACAUGAGCGAGGUGGCGUUUCUGAGAAUGUCUUGCUGCAGAAAGGAAGCUUGGAAGAUGCUAAUGGCCAGAGUCCUCCAGAUGUUAACAUAACUGAGCAGAAAGAGGAGCGUAAUGGACCGCUCAUGAUAAAGAGCGAAGAUGAGGACAGUAGCUCUGAAGAAGGUUUCGUUGAAGUCUCAGAAGGGGAAGAAGCAUCUGAACAGCGCAGUUCCAUAAGUAGAGCAGCAGAGCCGUUUCAAACUACGCAGCUAGAGGUGCAGAAGAAGGACGAGGAGCAUGUAGAUAAAGAGGGGAGGCGAGAGGAAUAUUCGAGCCAGCCAAGUCCACACCUGCCCUUGGAGCAGCAGGACAUCGAGCCUUCACGAGGAGCCACGCCUGCUCCCGCCCGCAGUGAAUGGGACAGCAUCGACGUGGAAGAGCUGGUGCAGCUGGAGAAGCACCUGCAGGUGGAGCAGAGCAGCCUACAGGGGCAGCAGCAGCAGCAGCAGCGCAGCGCCGCCACCGUUACGGGGCAGAUGUGCCAGGAGAGCCAGGAGCUGCUGCAGCUGUUUGGGGUUCCCUUCCUGGUGGCCCCCAUGGAAGCCGAGGCCCAGUGCGCGGCGCUGGACCGCAGUGACCAGACGCACGGCACCAUCACGGACGACAGCGACGUCUGGCUCUUCGGAGGACGCCACGUCUACAAAAACUUCUUUAGCCAGAAUAAAUAUGUAGAGCACUACCAGUAUGUGGACAUUCAGAACCAGCUAGGACUAGACAGGACCAAGCUGAUCAACUUGGCCUACCUGCUGGGCAGUGACUACACCGAGGGUAUCCCAGGGGUCGGAUACGUCACAGGAAUGGAGAUUCUGAACGAGUUCAUUGGGUCUGGCUUGGACCCUCUUACUCAGUUCAGUGCGUGGUGGAAUGAAGCUCAAAGGAAUAAGAAGCUGAUAGCUAAUUCUAAGGACACCAAAGUUAAGAAAAAAUUGAGGAACUUGAAACUGCAUCCCGGUUUUCCCAACCCUGCUGUCGCCCAGGCUUACCUCCAGCCCUCUGUAGACCAAUCAGAAGGCUCCUUCAGUUGGGGCAGACCACAGCUGGAUCUAAUCAGGGAGUUUUGCUAUAGCCAUUUUGGUUGGAACAGCAGGAAGACAGAAGAGAUUCUGCAACCCGUGCUUAAACAGCUCAACAUCCAGCAGACACAACUGCGCAUCGACUCGUUCUUCCGUCUGGAGCAGCAGGACAGGCAGGCCAUUCGUAGCCAGCGCUUACGCCGCGCCAUCACCUGCCUCAAGAGGAAAGAGCACGAAGGAGACGAUGCCGAAGAGGAGAACAGCGAAGACGCAGAAAUCUCCCCGGUCAAGAAAGGGAAGAAAGGAGCUGACCGAGAUGGGGGAAGAGGCGUUCCACCUGCAGGGCUGUUUGGAGGAGGUUUUAUUGGAUCCAGCACCUACGACAACAGUCUGGAAGAGGGGAUGAGAGAGGCAGGGUGCUCCAGAGAGGUGGGCGGAGCAGUGGAGGAAAAGCAGCCUAUGGCGUCAAAGGACAAGCUCUCGAAGGCGGGGUCAGGUUUCAGCAGCAGCUCCAGCUCGGAGGAUGAAUGCAAGCACGGGCGGGGGGCUGCCAUGGUUACCGCACGCUCUGUGUUUGAAGGGAUAGCGAGAGGGAGGGGGAAAAGAGGAAGACGAGGUGGAAGAGCAAAGACCAAGAAAAACAUCUAAAGACAAAAAGUAUUUGGAUGAUACUCAUGGAUUUCUAAGAAGCAAAUGGGACAGCGUGUGAAAUGAUGACCUAAGGCCUGGAAUGGAAUGAAUAAUUCAGCAUUAAAUUAUGUGGAGAAAUUAGAAUUACAUUUAUUACAUUUGUUAGUAUGUUUAAACUUUCGAUUUGAUUGUUUGUAAGUAUGUUUUGUUUAUAAAUGUUUAUAGUGAAUACAGAAAUUACCUUUAACCCUUUGGUAAAGAGUUUGAGUGUUACGUGACUUUUUAUUCCCAUCAGAGCUGUCUUUUGUCAUGAGUAGUAUCCUACACAGCAUAAACAUCAUCACUGCAUAGAAAUGAAGGCGUUAACUGUUGGAGGACUUUCUAACACCAAGAAGGGACCUCAUUCUGGAAGAUUCCUUUCGUCAUGGGUUUGAUGGCCAGAUAUAUUAAACCAAGUUCUUAAUGAC